AUGAAGGAUCGCACUGCCAGUGUCUACGCCUCAGUCUGUGUGACUCUGCCCUUUGCCACUCUUGCGGUGAUCCUCCGACUUACCGCACGGCCUAUGACCAAAGCCGGCUAUGGUUAUGAUGAUGGAUUAGCUAUACUUGCCUUUGCCGGCGCAGUGGCAUUUUCAACUAUUACGUUGAUAUGGACUCUCUACUAUGGGCUUGGCCGACCCCUCGAGGACGGUCCGAAAAACCUAACCGCUACUGCGACCCUCGAAAAGUCACGGCUGAUGCUAUUCUGCUCGGAGAUAUCCUACUCCUUCUCGAUUGUCUUGUCCCAACUCACCAUCUUGAUGUUCUACUGGAGAGUUUUUAAGUUCUCCAGCAUCCGCAUACCGAUUCAAAUAUUGCUGGGGGCAUCCAUCGUCUGGCUCAUCAUGCGAGUCUGUAUCACGAUAUUCCAGUGCGUGCCGAUUCAAGCUUUCUGGGAUAUCUCGAGCAAAGGUUCAAAAUGCACUGUUAAUGAGUCCGCGUUCUCGUUUGCAACGGUAUUGACGCAUGCUGUGCUUGAUGUCCUCAUUCUGGUUCUUCCGGCGGUCCAGAUUGGGAAACUACGCCUUCGGUAUGGCCAGAAAAUUGCCAUUAUUGCUCUUUUUAUGGUUGGUGUCCUGGUUUGCAUUGCAUCUAUUUUUGUCCUUAUAGAGGUUUUGAGGGCUGAUGCCACAUCAACCGAGAUGCCUUUAGACGUGGCGAUGAGCAUGGUUUGGGCCGUAGUUGAAGUCAACCUCGCUAUUGUUUCUUCUUCCGUUCCAAUGCUCCGACCUCUUUUCCGCAAACUCCUUCCGGGCUCAUUCCUAAGCUCGCAC